AAUAAAGCUAUCUUUUCUUGGGCUAAAGAAUACAAUAAAAUUACUAAAACUGAAUCUGAUGACAAUAUUAUACAGUAUAUUACAUUUUUUAACUCUCUUGAUAAUAAAAACCUUUGUGAAAUUGGAGUGUAUCUCUGCACAGGAUUCUGUUUACUG